AUAAAACACUUACUUAAAAUGGUCGAAUUCGUAUUAUUGGGCCUGAUGCGCAUUCUGCUGCCAUUUACGCUGAUUGUUGUCACAGUCAUACGCAUGCGGGGCCUAUCGUUUUUCUAUUAUCUUAUGUUUUGCAUAUCUCCCUGGCUGCUGCAAACUAAGAGUCGAACGCAAGGGAAAAUGAUGCACCUCUAUCUUUUGGUUUUGUGCGUGUUCAGUGCUCUCUUCAAUGUUGGACAUUUGCUUAUAAAUUUGGCGAGAAAGUUUAAAAUGCUUAAAAAAUAUACGCAUGACGAUUGCGAUGAGAAGAAGCUUCCGUUUAUCCUUCACAACAUUGGCUUUUCGUCCUUUGAGAAAUGGCGUCCUGUUGAAAUGCUGCAAUGGUUGCUGCCCGAUCUUUUUGUUUUUAUAAUGUCUUUGUCGGUGCUUAUCGUGGCGAAAAUAUAUUUAAAGAGACGAGAGAAGGCGCUGGAGAGGGAGAGAGAGAUGCCAGAGAAACUGGUGAGCGAUCCGACUGGCAGUCUAAAGCAUUCUGAAGUGAAUCGUCUGCUGAUCAUAGUCUAUAUCCGUUCUGUCCUGAAAACAUCUCCCAUUUUCUCCUUAACGGUGCUCUACUUUGCUGCCACCCUAAGACCCUCCCUACUGGGUAGCCUUUACUUCCUCAUGUUCAUUGUCUCGGGCACUUACUGGGCCCUCUACAAGCCCCUCAGCCGCGGAGUGCACUAUCCUCUGCUCUGCAUGGUCUUUGUUCUGACAAUAGAUAACUUCUGCAUGAUAGUCUAUCAGCUGCCGGCCGUCCAUUCAUACAUGACCUGCGACAAGCUGCUGAUGCGAAUUGUGGGCAUGGAGACAUUAAUGCUGUCAAAAUGUACAGAUCAAGGCUUACGAAUGAUAUUCAAUCCCAAGCUAGAUUUGGAUUCCUACCUAAGCCCUGCUGCCAAGAUGUUGGCCUAUUUCGUGACUACCCUCAGUCUCAUUCAUCGAGCUCGCUACCAACUCACUUUUACGGCUCUACGUGUCACCAUGAAAUCCGAAGUGGAAAAAACACCCACUCCCGAUGAACAGCACGGGUCAGCAACUACCAUCGAAUCGCCAUCGAUGUUGGAACAACUAUUUUAUAUGGUCUUCGAUAUUACGGCAUUCAUAUAUAAGCAUAGUUAUGUUCUAAUGAAUAUCAUGAUGAUGAUCUGGUCCAUAGUUUUCCACAGCUGGCUGACAUUUGUGCUGCUCAUUUGGGCCAACAUUUUGUGGAUGAUUCCAAACCAGCGCCGAUCAAUGAUGCGCUCUAGUUUCUUUAUUGUUGUCUAUGCUGAAUUCCUGGUGAUCUCCCAGUAUAUCUAUGGAAUGAACUUUAAACAGGCCGAGCUUCCCAUUCAAUUUUUUACUAGUGGCCUUAAUAUGGAACAAAUUGGCUUUGUGCAUUCCCAAAGUUCGGGAAACCCGCCCUUUUUGGCGUUGAGCGUAAAGACGCUUUUCCUUCUAACAUUUUGGAUAACGUCGCGGCAAUACUUCAAGGAGAAGGCCGAGGACAACAGACAUAAUACUAUACUUAGUCAGAUCUUCGGCUCCCAGCAUGCGCAGUCCGAGCACACGAUUUUCGAAAAAUCUCGAGCCCAACGCUUUUUCAUAUUUGUCUUCGAAAGCAUCCGAAAUUUUAUUACACGCAUUUGGAUGUGGAUGCUGAUCUUUUUGAUAUUUCUAUGCGCGAUAUUUGAACAAUAUAUGAACGGAUUUCGAAUCUGCUACAUGUCGCUGUUCCUACUCUUUCUCAUGAUCUUUCAAAUAUCACUGCAUGUGUGGAUUCGGUUCCUCUACGGCUACUGGAUAUUCGUUAUCUUCUACGCAAUGUCCAUCCUGACGGUCAUCUAUACGUACCAGUUUGAUCAUUUCGAUCACUAUUGGGAGAAGUACCUGGGUGUGAAGAUUAAAUUGCAAAGUGACAUUGGAUUGAAUCGCUACAAAACAAAGGACCUUUUCCUGCGUCUGUUGAUACCGACGCUAACCGUGAUUUUCACCGUAGUCCAGCUCCAUUAUUUCCACAAGCCAUUUAUGGCAGCUAUGUGGCGCUCAACGCCUACUGAUCGGGUCAGCCAUGCAUCUCUCUUUCAUCUCAAUGUAGCUCCGACAAGCGAUAAUCAAAGGGAAAAUAGUACGGCAAUCAGGAAACUGAUGACAUUCUUUGUAGUGACUUAUAGGAAGAUACGCUCCAAGGCUAGGCGACUGUUUAGGCCUGGCAAAAGGAUAACCUGGCGCUUUCUCGAAAUGCACAUGAUCAAGGCUGUGAUAUUGUCGUUAUUUAAUUGUGCCAUUGCUGAAAUCUGUUUAUUCAAUAUCCCCCUGGUCAUACUCUCAUUGCUGAGCGUCUCCGUGAAUAGUUUUCUGAGGCGCCUCAUCUUUCGUAUUGUCACAUUCUGGAUCUCCGUCCUAGUGCUGAUGAAAAUGGUCUACCAGAUAAAAUAUCUCGAGCGCAGACACUAUGAUUUCAUUUGUAAGAACGACACCGUCAACUUUGCCGAGUGGGUGGGCCUCAAGAAGACCGAGCCCAUGUGGAUCGACAUGCUGCGCUACAUCUCCCCAUAUAUCAUCUAUAUGGUUGUGGCAUCAUUGCAUGCUGUGGUCAAGUUGCGUGAUCAUCUCAUUCGUGCCUAUAUGCGUGACUACAGGGAUCAAAAGGUGCUCUUUCCGGACACAGAGCGCCAGGAUGCGGAGCGUGACUUUCCGGGCCUCGUGAAGUAUCUCUGCAACUAUGGUUUCUUCAAGUUUGGCAUUGAGAUAACCCUAGUCGGACUCAUAGCCACCAUUUCCCAUCGACGGGACCUGAUUGCUGUUACCUACCUAUUAUGGUUCAUUCUGAUUCUCUUCAUUAGUCGCGUUCAAUGCGCGCGCAUCUGGGAUAUCUUACAACUGUACUUCAUUCUAUCAAUACUAUUGCAGUAUAUAUAUUUUUUAAGUUUUCCGCCAAAUCUCUGCAUAGUUGCACCCUACGAAGUGCCCCAAGAUAGCACAAUUCUGACCAACUGGAGUUUGUUGACGACCUCAAUGCAAGCAUUUUACAGAUCGAAGAUGUUUAUUGAUUUCAUAGUACUGAUGAUUAUAUCGCGUCAGCGGAAGGCCUUUAGGACGGAAAUGCGCCAUUUUCAUGAUCAAAACUUCGGUGGUGGGGACAACAAGAGUGUGGUUAAUAAUACUGCGAUGCUGGGGCACAUCUAUUUUGAUAAUCCCACACAUGAUUUCUGCUCCUAUGUACGCAAUUAUGCGGAUGUUUUUAAAACGGCCGUUUUCUGCAGCUUCUUCUGGAUAACACUAUCGGUGGUAUUCUUAGCCGGCGUUUGCAGCAUGGAUAUCCUCUCUCUAGGAUAUCUGAUCUUCGCCUUGGUUUUCCUGCUCAAAGGCUCGGAGACAUACUUGCGAAACAUUCAUUCAAUUAUCUGUCGAUGGAACUGCCUAAUUGUUUUCAAUGUUUUCAAUAUAGCCAUCAAAAUUUGCGUUAUGAUAUUGGCUGGAAAUAUGGAUCUGCAGGAUACAAAUCAGGUCGUGAAUUACAUUUUGAAUGUUGUGCACUAUCGUCCAGCUAUGAAACCGGACACGGAGCAUCAUUACGGCCCGAACGGAAUGGUUUUCAACAACGGUAUGACCUGGCAUGCCAUUGUUUUUGCUUUCCUCAUUUUUCAGUUACGCCUCUUUCGAUCGUACUAUUUUUGCCACAUCAUAAUGGACACGCAGGCCAACAGCAUACUGGCCUCACGGGGCGCCGCCAUCAUCGACUCCCUGCACUACAAACAAAUCUACGAUCGUCGGGAGCAUGACAAGAAUGUCCUCCACAAUCUGAAGGCUAAAAUGGAACGCAUACGUGCGGUCAGUCGCAAAAACUACAAGAAGGUCAAUUUAUCGGGGACUCGAACGCCUAUAUAUGCAGAAUCGGCGCCUUCUCUCCAAACCGUGGAAUCCGCACAUGUGCAAUAUACGGGUGUUGUGAAAGUCGUACACACAGACGAUAUCGUGAGCGUUGCCUCAUCGUAUGGAACGAGUAGAGCCACAGACGUGGGACCUCUUUUGUCGAGACGCCGGGACCUGCGGCUGCAUCCGCACGUAGUGCGUACCGGGGACUAUUACAUGUUUGAUGAAGUAGACGAUGCGGAUGAUAUGGACGAAUACCAGGAGUACGACUUUUUAGAGAGACAAGAAAUUAGGGAGCGUCAAAUACGAUUGAAGGCGCAACGAUCGAAACAAUACGAAUUUCCAACCCAAACGGCUAGCGGUGAAAACUUUAUGAACGCUCAGAGCGCUGCCAACUUAUAUUACUCCAGCUCGGAUUCGGGGGACGAGGAUUUUGAUACUCAUCCGGUGGUUAAAUUAACGGGAGAGCUAAUUGUCCUCUUAACCAUACGUUUGAAUCGGCUCUCGCGAAAUUACAGGUUUGUUCACAAGGUCCUAUCAGCUGAGAAGAAGGCACUUCAGGAGAUAAGCACAAUGAAUAGACUUGGCCUAUCCAAUACCGCAGCUAUGUUUACCUUCUUGAAUCUUUCCCUAAACACAAGAACAAAUGCUUCGCGUGACGCCGUAUCUAGGGGAGAGUCUGUAAUGAGUUUGGUAUCGAAGGGAGAUGAUUUUACCACUCGCGAACACAAUGAUCUCGUCAAAAUGUUGAUUGCCUUGUGGUAUUCAGUGAUUGCCAACACCGAGGUGAUCUGCUAUUUGGCUGUGUUCAUCAAUCAGGCGGCCAAUUCCUCCAUUAUAUCACUCCCUAUGCCGCUGCUCAUUCUUUUCUGGGGCGCCCUCACUCUGCCACGACCCAUUAAACUCUUCUGGGUAACACUUAUUACUUACGCACUAGCCAUGAUUGUGCUCAAAAUGCUCAUUGUGCUGGGCAUGAAUCUGAUUAAGCGAGGCAUACCGAAUGAUCAGCACGAUUUGAUUAUGAAACAUGGAAAAGCACUCUACGAUAUGAUUCUGUUAGUCGUACUCUUCUGGCAUCGCUAUAUGCUGAAGAAGCAGGGCAUCUGGGAUGUGCAACGACUCUCGGCGGAGCGCCCAAUACGCGAUCGAUAUCCUAGCAAUCAGAAAUAUUCAAAGGACAAACCUGCUGAAAUACUAAAACGCCUUCGACAAGAAGCCGGGGUUGACUUUAAAGAAAAUCCGGAAGAUGAUAGUGCUAAUGUGUUUGAACGCGACAUGGAUGAAGUCUUACAGCCUGGUGCGGAAAACAAAUAUGUCUAUCGGAAAAUAGAGACAGAGUAUUACCGCAGGGCUAUGUAUCAAUUAGAACACAAGGGAGGCUGCUUAUCUGGACUAUACAAAUUCUUUUUCGCACUGCGUCAUAAGGCCCGCCUCUCCACAGAUGUCUAUUCAUUAAUGUUCUUUUGCGACUUUAUCAAUUUCUUUGUGCUUCUUUUCGGAUUUCCAAAGUUUGCGUAUCGCUACCGAUAUAGUACCAGUGUCAUCCAUUCGUACAUACAAGAAAAUAAGGUACCUUUCAGUUUCCUCAUCAUGCUGAUCGUUCAGUUCCUAACCAUUGUAAUCGAGCGGGCCAUUUAUUUGCGCAAGGCUUUGGUUCAUAAGAUCGUCUUCCAUUAUAUUACCGUUGUUGGGAUACAUUUUUGGAUGUUCUUCUUGGUGCCAUAUCUAACAGCACGCAGUUUUGGAGCGGCGGCCCAUGUUAUAUUCUACAUGAUCAAAUGCUUGCAUAUGCUCCUCUCCGCAUAUCAGAUCCGUUGCGGUUAUCCGAAACGAAUUUUGGGCAAUGUCUUCACAAAGAGCUACUCGCUCUUCAAUUUAGUGGCAUUUAAAAUAUUUAUGGAAAUACCCUUUCUAUAUAUAUUGCGUACGAUGCUGGAUUGGGUGUGCACCGACACAACUCUGACACUUAUGGAGUGGAUUAAAAUGGAAGAUAUCUUCCAAUCGGUUUUUAUUGUGCGCUGCUACAGGCAAAUGGACACCGAUUUUCCAGUUCUACGUGGCAUACCCAAGGCGUUAUACACGAAACUUUUGUUGGGCGGCACUAUAAUAUUGAUACUGAUAAUGCUUAUUUGGAGUCCGCUCUUCCUCUUCGCCCUCGUUGGUACGGUUGGGAAACCAAAUUUGCCACAGAAAGCCGAUAUAACUGUUAAAAUGGGACACUACGAACCGGUCUACGUAUCCCAAAGUUACUCGGGCAUUAAACCGUUUAUGGAAAGUGAAUACCAAAAGCUACAGAGCACAUUCUCCGUUGACAGUUUCGCACACGAUCAUAUAGCGAUCUACGAUGCCGGAGAUAUUACGGCAGUCAAAUUUGAUGCCAAUUCCGUAACGAUGUGGAAUAUGUUGCCUCCGGAUAAAAAACGCCUAUUGGACGAUUUGAAGAGGGGUCAUAAAAUGGAGAUACGCGUUAUGUUGACAAUAACUUGCGGCGAGCGAGCUGAUAAAAUCCAAUACGAAACCGUAUAUAGCCUGACUACAAAUAAAUGGGUUCGGAAUCUGUUAAUACAAGUAAUAAGCAAUGAUAACAGCGAUGCAAAGGUUGUAAUACCGGAUAUAUUGCCUAAAUUUGUCACAGUGUCGAACUUGAGGAUGAACGUAAGGUUCAUUAAAGACUUUGAUGGAAAGUUCCUGCGUCCGAUGAUUUUGCAAAAGAAACAAGACGAGGGCAAGUUGUGGUGGGAAAUGCACGAUUUCUGCGAUGAUGAAUUUUACAGGAAAGUACUGUCGGGUCUGCCUUCCAGUGAAUGCGAUGGCGGCAUUGUUUUCUACACUUUUAGUGAUAAAUCAUUCCCUGCCACUAUGAAUUUCUUGGCGCGAGCUGGCAUUAUAGGCCUAUACACGACCUUUGUGUUCUUGGUUUCUCGCAUUAUACGCUCGCUCAUAGCCAACAAUCACAGACGUAUUAUGUUUGAAGACCUGCCGUAUGUGGACCGGGUUCUAAAACUAUGUUAUGAUAUUUACUUGGUGCGCGAAGCGCAGGAGUUUCGACUAGAAGAAGACCUUUAUGCUAAACUGAUAUUUCUUUAUCGCUCACCGGAGACACUUAUCAAGUGGACGCGAUUCAAAGAGGAAUUCCCAGACGAAGGCGGGUUCUCACAAAUGAGUUUGCGAAGUCGGAGGGGCUCUACAAUAGAACCUUCAUCAGAUGAGGUUGAAAUACCACCUGCUCCUCCACCACCACCAGAGGGCCCACCACCUCCUCCAGGUGGCCCACCAGGACAGCCAGAGGGUCCUCAACCGCCACCAGAAGAACCACCACAACCGCCUCCACAACCUCCUCAACCCCCACAACCACCUCAAUAGUACUAGCAAUUUAUAUUUUUUCCAAGAUUGGCAUUGCAGACUUUUUGGUAAAAAGGCUUAUUGCUUUUUAUUCAUCGAAUAUAUACGAAAAAUAAAGAGAUACAUUUAUUUUGUCCUCACUUA